GCUCUUGUAUUAAUUUAGGAGAUCAAGUGGAGUAUGUCUAAAUAAACUUCAACAGGUAAUUAUUAGUACUGCUCGAAGGAAAAGAAUAACAACCCGAUAGAUCUUGUCCAGUUCCCGUGCGCCAUUUCCAUUUCCCGUGCUUUUGUUUUGUGGCAGAGACGAGAGCAGCAGUCAUAACCUGGGGAUUUGAGGAUGGUUUGUGAUGUCGGAUGCGCAUUUGUGUUUUGAGUUCAAAGAUCAGAUCUAAAAUCCUAAGCGGUAGCGGUAGCGGUAGCGGGGAUAUCACAUCUCACUUAGCAUUAUUAUUAUUAUACUCAUUACCAAUUUUGUUGCUUGCGAUAUCCAUCAUCAGUUUUUGCGACUAGACAAGGGAUUUAGGGCUCUCUGCAUCGUCCUGUUCUUAUUAUUCAAACCCCGGACCCGGGUGGGCGGGAGCAGCAGGGUAGUUUGUUCGCUGAUUUGGGAUUCUUGAGCUAGUUUUCAAGAAUUUGGAAUGUGAAUAUUUACAGCUAACCAGUAGUAGUGGUCGGGUUCCGGAGGGAGGGGGGGAUCAGGAGGAGGAAGAGGUCGAUACUAAGAGCAAUUAUGUUUUGGAGGGAUAGAGGAACCACGGCAACAUCAAGAAGCAGCACCAGUAGUUUUAGUAGUAGCAGAGACAACAGCAGCAGAGAGCACAAUGGCGGGCCGCCUUAUGGCCAAGUUCGAGUUCUUAUCAUUGGAGAUUCUGGUGUGGGGAAAAGUUCUCUUGCUCAUCUGAUUGUCAAAGGUUCUUCCAUAACUCGCCCUUCCCAAACAAUUGGCUGUUCUGUUGAAGUCACGCAUAUAACUUACGGAUCAUCUGGCAGCUCAUCAAAUAACAUUGAAGGUGACAAGGAGAGGGGUUUUUUUGUUGAGCUUUGGGAUAUAUCAGGACAUGAAAGAUACAGAGACUGUCGUUCUCUAUUCUAUUCACAAAUCAAUGGCGUUAUUUUUGUUCAUGAUCUCUCACAGAGAAGAACAAAGUCAAGCUUACAGAAGUGGGCUGCAGAGAUUGCAGCAACUGGGACAUUUUCGGCCCCUCUUGCAUCGGGAGGGCCUGGAGGCCUCCCAGUUCCUUACAUUGUUAUUGGAAACAAAGCAGAUAUUGCUGCAAAAGAAGGAAUAAGAGGUAGCAGUGGCAAUCUUGUAGAUGCAGCACGUCAAUGGGUUGAGAAGCAGGGUUUGCUUCCUUCAAGUGAGGAACUCCCACUGACCGAGAGUUUCCCAGGAUCUGGUGGCCUUGUAGCAGCUGCAAAAGAAUCCAGAUAUGACAAAGAAGCUGUGAUGAAGUUCUUUCGUAUGUUGAUCAGGAGGAGAUACUUCUCAGACAGUUUACCUGUUACAAGUUCAUGGUCUAGCCCACUUCAUGGAGUAUCCCAUAGAUCGGAUGAAAUUUCAAGUGAUGAGGAUCAUUCGUACAAAACUUCAAGUUUGGCUGCUGACCCUUACAAAUAUAAUGCGCUUCCUCCACUACCUGCUCAACGCAAUCUCACCCCACCUCCCACGCUCUACCCACAGCAGCCCAUGACCACACCCGACAAUUAUAACAUCCCUAGAUUUGCCUUAAUGGGUUCGCAGGAGAUGAGUAGUGCCAGAUCAAAGCGCAAAGAUAUUAAUGUUUGAUUAUCUUGGUCAUUGAUUCAUCUCCUUCUUCAAUAGCAUUUGGCCUGCUGAAAUAUUUUUGCUUUCACUUGCCAAUUAUUGGUGCAUUCAUUCUUUCGCCGGGGUUAAGGUGUUCACUGUAUAUUGCAGUAUGCAGACCUGUGUAGUGAGUGAUGAUGAGUCACUUGAAUACCUAGGCAAUUUUGUUAUCUUGCUCAAUUCCAUUGUUGCGUUCUCAUUCGUCCAUUUUCUACACCUCUAGUUCAGUGAUGUAAAUCUAUGCCAAAAAAAAAAAAAAAAAAACCUUCCGAGGGAAGUGUAGAAACAAGCGUGUUUUUGGAGCUCUUUUCUUUGCAAGAAAUACUGAAAAUUCAAAGCGAUUACUUUUUCUUGAUCUCUGUUGCUCCGGUCCUGGAUUGCCCAUCUAUGUUUUGAUGAACUUUGUGUUGGGAUAUCCGAGCCUGUAACAGCUGCCGUCAAACGCUCCACGCUACUCCAGUCCAGGAUCUCUUACCUGUCGAUAUAUGCCGCAGCAGGAUGAUUUGACAGAAAUGGAUUGUUGAAUUGUCAUGGACAUGACUCUAUAAUAUGACCUUGCAACUGUCAUUCAUCCAUCCAAGUUAAUCCAACUUCUUUUGUUCCUCUGUGACUGUAAAUUGCAUUUAAACUUACGCUUUAUUAACCUGUUUGCUUUGGUUACUGGACUACUAGAAAGACAUUGGAAGUUUACAAUUCCGACAAAAUAUUGGAAGUUUUCUA